AUGAGUGCAGGCGCAGCCCGUCGUCUGCGGUGGCAGCACAGGGCGGCCUGGUCCUUGCUCCUCUUCUUCGUCGUCGUCGUCGUGCUGCCUCUUCUCGUCUUCAUGGCCCAAGGCGGCCAACAGGAGCCCGCGCACGUCGGAGAGGACCGCCAGAUCGAUGGCGGAGGGCAUGCUGAGCAGCAGCAGCUGAGCAGGCUGGGCUCCAGGCCGCCGUGCUGCGACCGCAAGUGCGGCGCGUGCGCGCCGUGCACGGCCGUGCAGGUGCGCGCCGGCGACGCAGCUGAGCGGGAGCCGGGGCUCCGCCCGCUGUGCGCCAACUACGAGCCCGUCGGGUGGAAGUGCAGGUGCGGCGCUGCCGUCUUCGAUCCUUGA